AUGUCCUCAGUCUCCAUCUCCCGAUCAGAAGGGUCUGUUGCGAACACCCUGCCCAAUGAGGGUCCAACAUGGGACGGGGAUGAGACUGAACGUUUGCUUCCACUCCUCUGCACCCAGUCCUCUCCCUCCCUCGACUCCCCCUCCUCCGUUCACGCUCUGCGGCCCUCAGACAUCGCUGUUGUAUCAGCCAUUGAGCUACCCUACGCAGACAGGAGCUUGGAGCUCGAUCUACUGGUGCUCGAUCUACAGGUAGAGUUCCAUCCCAGCAUGCUGUGCAUGACCCUCCCAGACUCACACGCCGACCUUGGUUUGAAGGAGGACUGGAAGCUGCUGCUACUGCUCGUGUCCGUGGACAAGCUCUGUUCCUGCCCGGAGCAGGCCAGCACUGCUCUGUCCGACACUGUACAGCAGGUUGAAGAGACACUGAGUAAACUGCAAAGCCAGUUGACACACACCUUGGUCAGUGCUGUGGUGUGGGCUGGGCCAUCUGAUGACGUCAGAGAUGCUCCACAUGACAGAAUGUGCGCCUGUGAGCAGACUUAUAAUGAAGCAGAACUCAGACUGACAAGGACUGUUCUCGCACAAGGCUUGCAGGAGUCGCUGGAGCACCACCUACAGGCAAAGCGGUGGUACAGCGACAGAGAAGACUUCGCUGUUGUGUUGCAAGCCUCUCCCAUCGUUAUGGACAUGUCGCUGCAGCCAAUGAAAUGGGACUCUGACGUGAAGGGCAGUGACAUCAUGAGUAGACCUUGCCCCAGUGAGGAGCCGUUUCUGAGGACCCAGAGGAACUCCCCCUCCGAGCCCCCGGCCGCACAGGAGAGGAGCGUGGCCUCCCCUCCCGUCCUGGACUCUGUCAUGGGCACUGAGUUCCUUUGUGAAGAUCUAAGUCCCUCUAACUCCAUUCCUUCCUCAGUUCACGCACUGCGGCCUGGAGAUAUCAGAGUGAUAGCAGCUUUAGGAGAUUCCCUAACGGCAGGCAAUGGAGUUGGCGCUCCGAACGGCUCCAACAACAUAUUGGACGUCAUUCGCGAGUUCAGAGGGCUGUCGUGGAGUAUUGGUGGAGAUGAAGACCUUGGCAACGUUACCACCCUUCCCAACAUCUUGAGGCAGUUUUACCCCAAUCUGACCGGGUUCUCUGAGGGAAUAUCGACUCAGGACUCCCCCAAGGCCUUCCUCAACCAGGCUGUUCCAGGGGCCAACAGCAGGGACAUGCCUGGCCAAGCACGCAUCCUCGUGGACAAGAUGAAGAAUGACUUGCGCAUUGACUUCCAGAACGACUGGAAGGUGAUCACCAUGUUCAUUGGAGGAAAUGACCUGUGUGACUUCUGCACAGACUCAGUUUAUUUCUCCCCCAAUAACAUACAAACUUGGAUUCGUGAAGCCCUGGAUAUCCUCCACAGAGAGGUGCCCCGUGCCAUUGUGAAUCUUGUGGAGGUCUUGUACAUUGCUCCUCUCAGAAAGCUCCAUCAGGAGAGUAGCCUGCAGUGCCCCACCUGGCUCACUCAAGCUCUGUGCCGUUGUGUGAUUAAACCUAAAGAAGGCUCAGUUGAACUUCGGAACAUGAUUGACAUGAACCGAGCCUAUCAGCGUAAAAUGCAGGAGCUCGUUGAGUCAGGCCGGUACGCCACGCACUCUAACUUCACGGUGGUGCUGCAGCCCUUCUUCAGAGAUGUGGUGCUCCCCCUGCUGGAGGACGGUCGACCUGAUCGCUCUUACUUCGCCCCCGAUUGUUUCCACCUCAGCCAGAAGUCUCACACUCUGAUGGCCCGUGCUCUGUGGAACAACAUGCUGGAGCCUGUGGGUAAUAAAACUCACACCCAGGACUUCACCGAAGGCCUCUCUCUGAAAUGCCCUUCCAAGAACGAACCCUUCAUAAGGACCAAUGAGAACAGCAAUUACACUUACGAGGGCCCCGCCCCCACCCCUCCUCCAAUCACAAACUGGGGAAGUGAUUUCUCCUGCACAGACCUGGCACCGUCCAAUUCUGUGCCAACUUCAGUUCACAUGCUGCGGCCAGCCGAUAUCAAAGUGGUGGCAUCGCUGGGAGACUCUAUAACUGCAGGUUUUGGAGCAAAAUCAAAGAACAUCGUGGAGCUGAAGAGGGAGUAUAGAGGAGUUUCGUGGAGCAUUGGGGGGGAUAAGACCUUGAAUGAAGUUACAACACUGCCCAAUAUCCUGAGGAAGUUUAACCCCGAUCUCAAUGGCUUCUCCACUGGCGUGGGGGCCAAACCGACGGACUUCAACAUGGCCGUGUCAGGAGCUAAGGCUGUUGAUAUCCCAGGCCAGACAAGGAGGCUGAUUGAAGCCUUGAAGGAGAGGAAGGAUGUGGACUUUGAAAACGACUGGAAGCUGGUGACUCUGUUUAUCGGGGGAAAUGACCUGUGUCAGUACUGCUUGGAUCGGGCCACGCUUUCACCUCAGAACUACAGUAACCACCUGAGGGAAAGCCUCGACUUGCUCUAUCAGGAAGUUCCGCGCACGCUGGUGAACAUCCUGGAGAUUCUGCAGAUCAACGGCCUGAGGAGGGUCAACUCAGACACACUGGGCUGCUCGCUGGUGCAAAAGAGUGUGUGUCCAUGCUUCCUCAUUCCCAUGGAGGAUUCCCUGGAGCUGAGCGAGACAAUCAGGAUCAAUCGGCUGUACCAGGCAAAGUCGCAGCGCCUGGUCUCCGGGGGGCGCUAUGACGGCCGCGAGGACUUCGCCGUGGUAACCCAGCCGUUCUUCAGAAACUCGGUCGUCCCUGUGAAUUCGGAUCAAAGGCCCGAUGUCAGCUUCUUCUCCGUGGACUGCUUCCACUUCAGUGAGAGGGGCCAUUCGGAGAUGGCCAUCGCACUCUGGAACAACAUGUUGGAGCCCGAGGGAAAAAAGCAAGUCUUCAAUAACUUCACAACUGACCGCAACAAGAUCAAGUGUCCCACACGGGACCAGCCCUACAUUUUCACCAGGGGCAACAGUUAUCCCAGCACGUCCACAACCACCACCCCCACUAUGACCACCGCCACCAGCACCAGCACCAUGACCACCCUGGGCCCCAGCGCCGCCACCGCCCAGCCCAUUGUACAAAACGACCCCAACUCCUCCGUGCCUGCGUGGGCGGCCGCCCUGCUCGCCGUCAUAGGGCUGCUGAUUGGCUGGGGCGUCACCUGGCUCAUCCUGUCCUGUCGGGCACGGAGAACGCAUAAGAUGAGAGAGAGCGCGACUGAGAUGAAGGGCACCGUGUUUUAACACGCACGCGGACGGCGGCGUCAUGUGACUACAUCGAUGCAAGCUCGAGCUUGGAAUAUGUGAACAUGUAAACAUGAGUGUAU